AUGGCUCCCCUGCAGGCUGCAAUCUUCGGUCCCCGAAUCUAUUUCUACUUAUUGGAAAAGUCAUUUGAUUCCAGAGCCGGCCAAAGCUUUGUCGACGAAAAAGGCUUGAACGCUGUUUACGGAACACAGGCCUUUCAUGAAUUGCCAAUAGUUCAUGUAUACGCCACAAGGAAUAACACGAAAAUAUCACUCACAGAUUGUAACGGACGAUGCCUGUGUGGUACUACUUGCGGGGUUGAGGGUUUUCGGAACGCCCGCAAACAGACCACUGUCGCAGCCCAGACUGUGGGCAUUUCUAUCGGACUGAAGGCCCAAAAGUUGGGCAUCUCGACUGUGCGCGUCAAACUGCGCGGCCUGGGUGCGAAUCGAGUGUCUACCCUUUCAGGUAUGGUUCUCUCCGGCUUGAAAAUAGUUUCAUUGACGGAUGACACCCCCAUUAACUACGGAAUGGGCCGAAGACCGAAGAAAACUCCUCGAAAAUGA